CAAGGAGACGAGGACCUGCUGCAAAUGGCACUCCUGGACACGCUGCGAGGAAGGAUGCUGCUCUCCUUCCUGCUGGUCCUCGGGGCACCAACGAGAGCCUGGAAGGGACCGAGCCGUGAGCGGCUCCUGCCAGCCCCCCAAGCUGUGGAUGGAGGGAAGCUGACGAGGCAGGAAACCACCAGCAAUAACAAGAUGGUGCCAGAUGUGUCCAAAAUGAGGAGCAAUGACGAUGGCUCUGGAGCAGGGUCUCAUCUGGACACAGCCAGCCUACCACUGCUAGAGGGAUCAGAAAGACAAGCACUGCCUUGGCUGAUGAGCCCAGCCACCAACAGAGCUGCUCCCAGGAAAAAGGGGAGGAAGAUGUCCCUGUCACUCGAUGUCAACACUCACUUACUGGAAAUCCUGCUCGACCUGGCCAGAGAGAAGGAACUGCAGGCCAAGGCAGCUGCCAAUGCUGAGCUGAUGGCUCGCCUGGGGCGCAGGAGAUGAACUGUCCUGGCUGGGAUAUAGCAGGCUGGAGAGGGCAGCAGGGCUGCCUGGGGCACAGGCGCAGUGGAGCAUCGGUGUGUCUGCAGGGGACUGUGGACUGGCACCUCGUCCCCACAC